AUGUCGUUUUCAUGGCUGACUUGUUCGCUUCUUCUGGGAACUUUAUGCGCAGGGUACAGUCUGGGCGAAGCGGAGACCCGGGAGUGUGUUUACUACAAUGAUAACUGGCGCACUGAGAGGACCAACCAGAGUGGCUUUGAGCGUUGCGAGGGGGACAAGGACAAGCGGCUUCACUGUUACGCCUCCUGGCUCAACUCCUCAGGGACCAUCAAGCUGGUGAAGAAAGGCUGCUGGCUGGAUGACUUCAACUGUUACGACAGGCAAGAGUGCGUCUCCAUGGAGGAAAACCCUCAGGUCUUCUUCUGCUGCUGCGAGGGCAACUACUGCAACGAGCGCUUCACCCACCUCCCGGACAUGAUUGGCAGCGGCAACCGAGUGAAAAUCCGGCCUCCACCCAGAGUGCCGUCCCUGCUCAGUGUGCUGGUUUACUCUCUGCUGCCUCUCUGUGUGCUGUCGCUGGCUCUGGUUCUGGCCUUGUGGAUGUACCGCCACCGCAAACCCCCCUAUGGCCAUGUAGACAUCAGCGAGGACCCUGGACCAACUCCUCCAUCCCCUCUGGUGGGUCUGAAACCCCUGCAGCUGCUGGAAAUCAAAGCUAGGGGGCGCUUUGGUUGCGUUUGGAAAGCCCAGCUGAUGAGUGAAUAUGUCGCUGUCAAGAUCUUCCCUAUUCAGGACAAGCAGUCGUGGCAAAACGAACGGGACAUAUUCAUGACUCCCGGAAUGCGUCACGAAAACAUCUUGCAUUAUAUUGCUGCAGAGAAGCAUGGAACCAACCUGGAGGCGGAGCUGUGGCUCAUCACCGAGUUCCAUGAGAGGGGCUCAUUGACAGACCACCUGAAGGGCAACACUGUGACCUGGACUGAGCUGUGUCACAUAGCAGAGACCAUGUCCCGUGGCCUGGCCUACCUCCACGAGGACAUUCCCACCUACAAAGGAGAAGGUCCCAAACCCACUAUCGCCCACAGGGACUUCAAGAGUAAAAAUGUGAUGCUGAGAGAAGAUUUGACUUCAGUUAUCGGAGACUUUGGACUGGCUGUGAGAUUCGAACCAGGAAAGCCUCCAGGAGAUACUCAUGGACAGGUUGGUACGAGGCGUUAUAUGGCUCCAGAGGUACUGGAGGGAGCCAUCAAUUUCCAGCGAGACUCCUUCCUGAGGAUAGACAUGUACGCCAUGGGGCUGGUCCUGUGGGAGCUUGUGUCACGCUGUUCAGAUCCUGACGGCACAGUGAGUGAGUAUAUGCUGCCGUUUGAGGAUGAAAUAGGCCAACAUCCCUCCCUGGAGGAUCUGCAGGAUGUGGUUGUGCACAAGAAGAUGCGUCCAGUCAUUAAGGAUAGUUGGCUCAAACAUCCAGGACUGUGCCAGAUGUGUGAGACCAUUGAGGAAUGUUGGGACCACGAUGCAGAGGCGCGCUUGUCCGCUGGCUGCGUGGAAGAGCGUAUUGGUCAGAUCUCCAGGACGACCUGCAGCACUACCUCAGACAGUCCCCUCUCCGUUGUGACUUCUCUCACUAAUGAGGACCUACCUCCCAAAGAGUCCAGUACCUGAAUGGGUGACCGUAUCUUUCACCAAGGCUCCUGACUUUUAUUUUUCAAAUCCAAACUCAGUGGAUCACUGUUUUAUAUAUAUAUAUAUAUAUAUAUAUAUAUAUAUAUAUAUAUAUAUAUAUAUAUAUAUAUAUAUAUAUAUAUAGUAUCAGAAAAGAAAACAUAAAACAACUAGCAACUUGAAUGUGGCUGCUAUUUUAUCUCAAUACUGGUAUUAUUUAGUUUUUGGUGUUUGAAGUCAGGUCUUACUAACACAUCCACCUGCUGUAGUAAUGAAGCAGUAAUAAGCUAUGCGAUGGACACAUCUCAUAACACUCAUGUGUCAAAUCUUACAUGUUGUCAUUACCUCAUGUAUUUAUUUGGUGUUAGUCUAUUUUAAUUACCUCAUGUGUUUUCUUUUCUUUUUGUUUUUUAACCCCGUUUGGUCAUGAGCGUCUGCAGCCAAGCAAAUGAAUUUUGCUCCAAAACCUCGGCGAGCUGCACACCUCGGAGGAACUGUUUUGAGACUGUGAGACAAAGUACACUCAUUUUCCUCAGGGGUUCUCAGUUCUAAAACGGGCUCCCUCAUUUGAAUGGUAACGACUGGAGACGGGAUGGGAAAGUGGGCGGGGCUUUGGACGUUUUGGGCAAGAACCUUGUCCUUGGGGAACUACCUCUCAGGUAUCCAGUAGUCUUCUUCAGAAUUUCUGUUAAGUUCAGAGCCAAGCUACCCAACUCGCUAUCAUGGACUUUAUUCCUGGAUUUUUAUUUUAUUCUUGUAGACGUUCGAGGUUUCUCCUUUGCCAGUGGCAGGGACAUUGAUGGAUGCUGUCAGGAUGUGCAGUGUUACACAUUCUUUAUUUUAUCUGUGUCUUUGUUGGUGUGAGAGAGGAAAAUUUGGAGACUAAGGGUGUACUCUCACUAGGCGAUCUGUACUGUGCCUGAGCACGUUUCGCCCCAAACUCCAGUUCGUUUGACUGAGCGACUGCUCCGUACCGAGCUCCAUCGCAGUCUGUUUAACUGUGCCUGGGCCCACUUGCAGAGGUGGUCUGGGGUGUGGUUCAGUUGGACUCGGGUGCAGUAUGCGCAUGGUGUGAUCGCUAACUGAGCCAAGGCACCGAUCUCAGACAUCAUAUCACUGAUGUGACUGUUCCAUCUAACAUUAAAAUUAAUAUUAUUACUACUUCUUGGAUAAUACAAUCCUCAAUACAUUCAGCAACAUUUGGGUUAAAAAUGGAUCUUGCCUUAUUGAUGAACGUGAAUCUUCUGCAAGCAAAUCCAUAAUAUAUUUAUUUAUCUGCUCCCUCCAUGAAAUUCUUGUCACAUGUGCAGCAUGUUUAAUUUAUUGCAUAUCUUAGUGCUGCUACAAAAAAUAAAUAAAUAAAUAAAAAUACUCAAAAUAAGCGAUUGUCAGUAAUGUUUCAAACUCCGUUUUUGUAGUUUGGGGAGCCAUGUUGCCAGGUCUACAGUUUUCUAGCAGAAUUUGGCUGCUUUUGAAGUAAUGCAAAUUAUAUGGCUGAGUGUGAGUACUUUUAACUUUUUCUCUUUUUUUUUUUUUUACUUCUGGCAUUAGGUAGGCUACAAGUUGGGUUUGUGUGUGUAUGUCUGUGUGUGUGCUGGUUUUCACUGGCUGUUUUGCUGCAUAGAUCUGGCAACCCUGUGUAGCACCCAUUCUCUUUCUCAAAACUAAAGCCAUGUUUUGAUGACGUUAUCAUGCUUGGGCUCGGUACGUGUACGUGCUUUGUGAGAGUAUGCCCUGAAUGUUGUGUGAUGGAAGGAACACGGCAGGUAGUUGGGUUUAUCCUUGCAAGGGUCAUCCACACUUGAGUCAGCAUCAUGUCUUGUCUUUUUAUUGCUGUUUUGUUCAAUAGAUGGGUUUGGACACCAGUCUUGGAUACCUCAGUCACUGUACACCAUGCAAGGAGAAGCUCAAAACAGUUGCCUUUGUCUCAAAUGCAAUGCCAUAGUUUUCCCACCCCAUGAACCCCAUACAUUGAAUGUCUGUUAUGCUGCUGUGAAUAUUCCAGGAUACUCAAGGAUUUGAAGAUGUACAUGUGUUCUUUGUUACUACGACACUAACGUGAUAACUGUCCGUGGUAUUAUGUGAGGCUAUUAUUGCUGUUGUUUGUUUGUUUGUUUGUUUUUUGACCGGGUAAGCUCUCAGCUGCUUACUCCUCCAGACUGACCUCAGAUUAUCUGACGAGUACCUCAGGCGUUUUGUACGUGUAUAUCAACUCGUGUUAUAUGUAUUUUAGUGUUUUCGUAGUUGAAAUGUUUUUGUUGUUGUUUGGGUCUCUGUCUGUGGAGAUUUUUCAUUCCCCCCCCCCCCCCCCCCCCCCCAAAAAAAACUUUUUUUAAAGAACUCCAGGAUUACCCUGGGUUCUAUUUUUAGAAAAUUUGAGGUUAUGUUUUCACUCAGGGCAAAAAAAAAAAAACCACAAAAACAAUUAAUUGGUGCAACAUUGAUUUGGCCCCUCAUUGGCAGUUAACAUAAUCACUUGGUGGAUGGCUGUGUCAAGAGCUAGGCUAGGCUAAGCUAAGGCAGCUGUUCCCAAGCUUACAAAAUCUGAAAAUCGUCCCACCCAAACCUUCAGACACAAUAUUGAAUGACACACAACUCUAAAAUGAAUUAUUUACAUACAGAUUAUGUUAACCUAGGUCAGAUAAUAAAGAAAAACAAUGUAAAUCCACUGACUAUUAGGUCUUAUUAUUGGGGUUUGCGUAUCUCUCUCUCAUUAAACCAUCCCAUACAUACUUAAGAUACACAAACUAUGAAACACUUCAGGAACAGUACUUUUUAUUCUAGAAAGAUUCAAUGCGAUUUGCAUCAUCUGUUUAAUUUACACAUUUGUUUUCCAUGAUAAUUUGACAUUUGUUACUUUAAAAUACAUAUUUCAUGAAAAGCUAGGGGCCUUCAUCUGUAUUUUAAACCUUGUGGUUUUUACUAGUUGUGUGCUUCACAUUGGCACUUCUUCUGCUCGCCUUUUGUUCACCACUGGGGGCAGCACCACAUACAUUAGCAGAAAGUGCAGUGUGUAGAAGAAGCAUAGCAUGAAUAGCAAAGCCAUACUCUCACGCGUGCCCCUAGCUUAUGGUUAGCCAACAGUGGACGCGCUCGUUUUGGCCGAAAAAAUAUACAGUUUCUGUUUAUUCUGUGUUAGUACGCGCCCGUGGCCGACAUGCUUGAUGAAUUCCUGCGCAAAAAGUAGUUCCGAAA